UGUUUUAGACUUUUAAUAACCCCAUUAAGUUUAUGUGAUUGUUCAUCCUCUGCAUGUGAACAAGAAUGUUUCCAGUAACUGACAGGAAGCAGAGAUCUUGAAAAUGAUAUGACACUACUGCAGGAGUUGACAUGCCAUUCUCUGUGUUUUUUUUCAGGAUGACUCCUCCAUGGACGUUCACCCUGUGUUUCCUCUUCGCUUGGACCUUUGGGGGAUGCAAAAGUCUGACCUUCGUGCCCCGAUCAGAUUUAUACUCGCUACUGGCGAACAGACACCUGCUGACUGACGCACAGCUGCAGCAGCUGCUCAAUGUGCCAGCCCACGGGGUGUACCGGGAGCUUGUGGCUAAAGAUUGCAGAGCGGCUUAUCUUAACAUGAGAAGAAAGAGUGGGCUCUAUGUGGUGUGGCCUAAGGACUCCCCUCCAAUGGUGGUCUUCUGUGACCAGCGUCCAGAGGGGGGCGGCUGGACCUACCUGCAGAGGAACUCCCGGCGGGACACUCCAUCUUUUGAGUCACAGAACUGGACCCAGUACAGAAAUGGCUUUGGCGACCUGAUGAAGGACCACUGGUUGGGCAACGACCUGAUCUACCACCUCACCCGGCAGAACCUCUUCAUGGUCAGGUUCCUCCUGGUUGACAAUCAGGGUAACAGAUUCCAUGCAGACUAUUCCAGCUUCAGGGUGGACAGUGAGGGCGACGACUACACCCUGAGGUUGGGCGACUACUCUGGGGAUGCUGGGGACGCACUGACCAUCCUGAAUGAGACAGGGACCCACGACAACAUGAAGUUCUCCACCACAGACAGGGACAACGACCGGUGGAACAAGAACUGCGCCGAGGCCUCCGGAGGAGGAGGAUGGUGGUACGACAGCUGCCACACUGCCCUCCUCAAUGCCGACCAUACCAUCUACUGGGGCGGUCUGUGCACCGAGGGCAGAAGCUGCCGGGCCGCAAGUAUCAUGAUCAAACCAAGCAGCAAGAACUGCGCCCCCAUACCGCUGCCCGGGGGGCAUUACCCCAUUCAUAUCCCCUCAUAG